UAUUUAGGUAAUUUAAACACCAAAUAGCAUUUAAAACUUCUUAUACCUAGCGUAAUCUGCUAAAGCGUGGCUAAAUUUAAGUUAGCCCCAUGAGCUAGCUAACUGAACUUUAAACCACCAAAUUACUGCUGAUGCUAACUGUCAAGACCUUAGGAAAAUAGGAACCAUUUAGGCUAAUUAAACUUUUAAUAUCGUCAACUGUUUGUCAUCCAGGCCCUAUAACUUAGAACAGAGUUAUUUAUUUCUCACUCCUAGCUUGAUAUGCUAGUUUGAGCUCAGUCCGAGCUAGCCCUGUCGGCUAGCCAAACCGAACAUCAACCCACUAGUGCAAACUGAGGAAAGUAUUCGUCAUUUCGGCUUUUAAAACGUGUUUAUUAACAAAAGCAGCGAGCAGACAGGACAUUGUACACACAUAUGAAGUGUGACAUUAUGCACCCCGGGCAAGUUAACGCGUCCACGUUACACAGCAGCCGGCUGCACCGUGUCCCGCUCCCGUCCGCCUCCUCUGGAAAGUUUCGGUGUCGCUCCUCAGAUAAGUUGACUGAUAAACCGUGGGCGGCGGCAGCAGAGGUGCACGGGGACUGCAGCAGGAUAUAGGAUGCCUCACGGAUAGACCAGCCUAAUGACGCAACCGGUUUACUCAAUACAAGCUGAAUUUGUGCGGGACAGGAUAAUACAUGCAGGGUUUCCCACGUCUCCUAUGACCAAACGCGGAGCGAGGAGUCGGGAGCUGACAGAUAUAACGUGACGGGCUCCGCGGACCCUGUUCAGAUCCGAGGAUCAGAGGCGCCUCCGGGACCAGCACAAACUUCAGGAUGGCUCUCGUUAUGCUUCUGCUCCUGCCAUGUGUUUUCAGUAGCGUUUUAGUCCCUGGGUCUGACACAGACGCGUCCACAGAGCCACGGAGGGAGACCAGGAGAGUUCUGACCACAUCGGGGAAGGAGUGCAAGUUCCCGUUCCGUCAGGGUGGAAGGAUUCAUCACGACUGCAUCACCUUCCUCUCCUCGACACCGUGGUGCUCCCUCACACACAACUUUGAUCGGGACUGGCAGUACAGCUUCUGCAUCCCAGAGAAAACUCAGUCAGAUGUUGUUGUCCACACGUCACGCAGACUCACAGGUCCGUGUCAGGUGAACCCCUGUCAGAACGGAGGCGUCUGCACGCUGAACCCGCCUGGACCCACAUCGUUUGAGUGCUCCUGUCCGGAGAGCUUCACCGGCCGACUGUGUGAGCAGAGAAGGUGCUAUGAAACCGAACACCUCCGCUAUUAUGACACCGGAGAGUCUUGGGGACGGAUCCACCUCCGUAAUGUGGAACAGUGCACGUGUGUGGCAGGAGAAAUCAAGUGUGAGAGGGUCCGAUACACAGCGUGCCGGUCAAACCCCUGUCAGAACGACGGAGCGUGUCGACUGAUCGUGGCCACCGGCAGGGAGGUGUGUAACUGCAGACAUGGCUUCAGCGGACCGCACUGCAGCUUGGAGCCGGAGACGGAGUGCUAUAACAACCGGGGCACAGGGUACAGAGGGGUGGUGGGCACCACGCUGUCUGGUGCCCGCUGUCUGCGCUGGGACUCCGAUCUGCUGUAUGACGAGCUCCACGUGGGCACGGUGGUCGCUUCCUCCCGCAGAGGCCUCGGGGAGCACGCCUUCUGCAGGAACCCGGACGGGGACAAGAUGCCGUGGUGCUACACGCUACAGGACAGCGCCAUCUCCUGGGAGUACUGUGACGUCCCGUCCUGUGUGCUGCCCGUGUCAUCUUCAAGAAGGAUCCAGAUUAACGUCCUGCCCGGCAUUAAAAAGCCCAGACCCAGCAAGCCGUCCAAGAAGCCAGUGUGUGGGAAAAAGCACAAGAAGAGGUUGUGGGUCGCCAGGGGGCGCAUAAUGGGUGGAAACACCGCUCUGCCAGGCACUCACCCCUGGAUGGCGGCCAUUUACAUCGGGCAGCAGGACUUCUGCGCCGGCACCCUGAUCUCCUCCUGCUGGAUCGUGUCUGCAGCCCACUGCUUCUUCCGCAACCCCCUGAAGUCUCAGCUCCGCGUGGUGCUGGGCCAGCAGAACUUCAACGUCACCGGGCCCAACACCAGGACGUUCGGAGUGGAGGAGUACAUCUUUCCAAAAGAGUUCUCUGUGUUUAAUCCUACUCUACAUGAUAUCGUUCUGGUCAAACUGAAGAAGGAGGACGGGCGCUGUGUGAGGAGAACCCCGUUCAUCAGACCCAUCUGUCUCCCAGACAAAAGCAUGACGUUCCCCGAUGACUACUGCUGUACUAUUAGCGGCUGGGGACACAUGCAUGAGAAGGCAGAACGUUACUCGAGUCUGCAGGAGGGAGGCGUGAGGCUGAUUCCUCACAACACCUGCAGGAAGCCAGAAGUUUAUGGAAACCACGUCACUUCUGACAUGCUCUGUGCUGGGCUCAACGGUUGUGUCGACGCCUGCCAGGGCGACUCCGGAGGCCCUCUGGCCUGUGCGAGGAGUGACGUCAGCUUCCUGUAUGGGAUCAUCAGCUGGGGUGAAGGCUGCGGGCGCUCUGGAAAACCUGGAGUUUACACCAAAGUAGUGAACUACAUCGACUGGAUCAAUUCAGUAAUUAAACGCAAACCCAAGGCUUCACGAAUGGACAUGACCUGGACAUGAGCUUGAACAUAUGAGAGAUUGUACUAUAUUGUAUUCUGUUUUUAUUUGUACUGCUUGUGGAAGUUAUAUUUUUUAACUGUGAAACAUUUUGUGACUGAAUAAACCUUUAGAGACUUGAUAAAG